AUUACCACACCCGGUUUUAUGCAGUGCUUGGCAUGGAACCCAGGGGUUUGGCACAUGUCAAGCAAGCAUUGUACCAAUUACUUUAGCUCCAUCUUCAACCCUUAAUUGUUUUUUAAAUUAACUUUGGUAACUUUUCCCUGGAAACAAGUGCUUUUGCAGUAGUUAUAACUGUAUGCACAGAAACUUUCAGGAUUUAUCCCAAAGUAACCCGAGGCACUCAAUGUAUGUAACAAUGGUUUGUGUGUAUAUUUUUGCCGUGAAAAUAUAGGUCAUAAAUGCAGCAAGGUUAAAUGUUUUCAUCUUACUUGUUUUAUUGUUGAAAUCUCUGCCCCAGUAGCCCGUUUCUUGGAAGUCUUUAGCUUUGACUUUUGCCAUUGGAGGAUCUUUAUUGGCUGGAAUGAAGUACUUCAAGAAAGAAAAGAUAGAAAAGCUGGAGAAACAAAGACAUCGAAGCAUUGGAAAGCCUUUACUAGGAGGACCAUUUUCCCUCACAACUCAUGAUGGAGAGUCCAAAACUGACAAGGACUACCUGGGCCAAUGGGUAUUGAUUUAUUUUGGCUUCACUCAUUGCCCUGAUAUCUGUCCAGAAGAACUAGAAAAAAUGAUUCAAGUUGUGGAUGAAAUAGACAGUAUUCCGUCCCUGCCAAAUUUAACUCCACUUUUCAUCACCAUUGACCCAGAAAGGGACACAAAAGAAGCCAUCUCGACUUAUGUGAAAGAAUUUUCUCCCAAACUCGUUGGUUUGACUGGCACAAAAGAAGAGAUUGAUGGAGUGGCCAGAGCAUACAGAGUCUAUUAUAGCCCUGGCCCUAAGGAUGAAGAUGAGGACUACAUAGUUGAUCAUACAAUAAUAAUGUACUUGAUUGGACCAGAUGGAGGGUUUCUGGAUUACUUUGGCCAAAACAAGAAGGCAGCAGAAAUAGCUGGUUCAAUUGCUGCACACAUGAGGUCACACAUGAAGAAGAGGUAGCCAGAGUGGUGUCACCAGACACAGAACUGUCUUGUUGAAGAGGAAGGAGAAGGCUUUGUCUCCCAGAGGAGCCUCUAUAUACUUUAACGUACAGCAUGGCCUCCAUACCCUGAGAUCAUCAUUCCACAUGAGAUGUUGACCUUGGGCUCAGCCAACCCAGUCUGCCACAUAGCCCAUGAGUCCAAAGGCCAGGGUAAGGACAGCCAGUGGAGAACAGGCCUCUCAGAGCCAUCAGAGAGAGGCACACGAAUGCCCUUCUAUAAGAAGGAGGCAGCAUUGCUACCCCAACAGUGCCUGGGACCUUGUUCAGGCAAAUUGUGGGGCCGGAUUCUACAGUGGAGUGUCAUUUCCAUAGUGCGCUUGCCUUUUCAACUUUGUGCUUAUUUGCUGAUUGUCAAGAUAGGCAUUCAAGUUUAUCUUUAUACUUGAGAAUAGAGUUCAUUCUUCCUUGAAAAGAAAUUCAUUCCCUCAACGGGUAUUGCUUUGACUACUGAAGGAGAAAACUUACUGUUUGACAUAACUGUUGGCUCAGUUCCUGCUUUUUUAAUUUUUUAAUAGCAAAAUGAUUUGCCUGGGUUUUCAGUGGUAGACCAAAUGGAAAUGAGGAUAUUAAUUAUACUGACCUAGUUUUUUUUCCAUGUAUCAGAUUACACAGUGUAUAAAAUAAAGCUAUAAUCAAUUUAACAACUUGGACAAAUGUGA